UUGCGCAAUCAGAACUCUGAUAAAGAUCAGGAGACCCACACAGAGAUCCUCAGACAUGUUCAAGUACAGAAAACUAGUAAGUUUCAAGCGGGGGCAAACGCCAGAGAAGACAAAGACGAUGAUGCACUUGCUCAACGAUGAACGAUCAACAGGUGCUCCGGCUGCUCCUCCUGGCUGCUGCUGCUGCUGCUGCCUCGGCGGGACAGAUCCGGGAUGCUGCCGAGGAGGUGGAGGUGCCGCCUGCCCAUCGUGCCGCCCCGCCGCCACAGACUGCUGCGGCACCACCGGGAGGACCACCACCUGGGGGACCACUUGUGGGUGUGCCACCGCCGCCGAGCUAUCCCUUGUUCUACCAAGCUGCGUGGCUGCCAUUCGGGCGCUACAGCGCCUCCAUUCCCCUCGUGCCACCACUUGUGGCACUCACUCGUGCCACUACACCAUGAGCCAGCUCAAAGUGCGAGCCCUAACCGCCGGACACUGCAGUGGCGCCGCUUCUUGUUGAAUU